CAUUAUUGUAGUCAAGUCCGCAUUGCCAACACUUCUAGACUGGGAAUGAUGGACGAACAUCUACCGUCGAGAGAUCGAUUAUACUAUUCUCAUAUGGAAGAACCACCGGACAAGAAACGACGUGUAGAAGAUCAUCAAUCGACAGGGGGUUCAUCUAUGAUUGAAACAAUAGUCAACGCGACGUCAAACUGGCCACUCAACUCCCUCAAUUCAUCAGUGUUGCCGACAUAUGAAGAAAGCAUUGCUGCUAACCACAGUAGUUACCUUCCGUACUUUGAGAGGGAGCCUUAUUCUAACUUCUCUAAGAGCCCCUCAAACGAAAGGAGCUACAACAUGAUCGAUAACGUGCCGAGAGUCAAAAAGUCGGUCCCUACAUUGACAAGAGAAGAGUAUUCCAUGGAUUUGAGUUACAGGCCACGUCAAAUAUUUGAUAACCAAACAUAUAAUGAGGAAUAUACACCCCGUAUUGAGAAUAUUCCAUAUAGCAAUCGAAAUAUCACCGCCACAGAGAUGACUUUCACCACAGCUAGUCCAAGCACUACAAAGGAAAAACAAACCAUCUGUCCCAACCCAGAGAAAAUCUCUCUUUAUAAGCCAUCGAGUGCACAUACUUCAAAGGAUAUUGCUCCUAAGCCUAAAGAAAUACCAAGCGAUGGYCAGACAAAUAAAGAGAGCCUUUCCAAGGAACCGAGGGAUUUCCGAACAAACUACGAUAACCAGCCGAACAAGAAACCGAGUGACAUCAAAGCCGAAUCAAAACCCGAGGAAAUAUCGAUCAAAAAGGAAAYCGAGAGUAGCACAGGAAGCCCGCAAUCAAGCGUUAAAGAUAGGUUGUCACCAGGGGUCAAAAUGGCGGAGGAUGCACCGACAUUCAGUUCACCACCAGUUCAGAAUAGCGACGACACCUUUGACGACAAGUCGCCUGAUGACACUGUCAAGGUCAAGAAGGAGGCAGAUGACGUAAAUGAAAUGUACUCGUUCCUUGAUUGGAAGGACGGAAUUGCAACUCUUCCAGGAAGUAACUUGAAAUUCAAAAUGAACGAGUUUGGUACUCUAGAAAUGGUCAGUACAGUUGAGACAGAGAAGGGUGAAUACGAAUGGAGUACAGCUAAUGCAGACAAACCCUCUUCUGACCUAAUGGCUGGCCCUCCUGACGACGGCAAAGUAUUGUGUUGUGAGGUUUGUGGUAUUUAUGGUCUACCACAAGACUUCUGCUCCUCGGGCCGGUUUUGUAGCUUGUCCUGUGUUGGAUCGUACACUGGUAGACGCAAUAAAGGAAGAGAAUUUAUACGCAAUGUCAAUCCAAUUGAACGCAAAACAGGAAAAAAGAAGAAAAAGAGUGGKAAAGCCAAGAAAGGGUCAAGCUCCAAGUCUGUCCCCUCCCCGGAUGGAGAAGACUCAGGAUUCAUCGAUGGAUCGACAGAGGCUCAAGUGACGUCAUUCAAAGUAAAAUCACCACGUGAAAAAACCAAAGGACGUCACAAGAUUCCUCCAGUAGAAGCAACAGGACAAUGCCUUACGGGUUCAAUGGUUCCGUAUAACUUCAGUAAACCUUUUACGUGGACUGACUACCUGUACACCUCGGGAUCCAAACCUGUUCCCGUCAAUGUCUUCAAACAGGAAAAUCCUGACAUCGAUGUGUUUCCAAUGCCUUGUGAAGAGUUUAAAAARAACAUGAAACUCGAAGCAGUGGACCCAAAACAUCCAUCGUACAUCUGCGUGUGCACUAUUGUGCGCGUUAAAGGCUCGCGUUUAAGGCUUCACUUCGACGGCUGGUCGGAAUGUUACGAUUUCUGGACCAAUUCUGAUUCAGUAGAUAUUUUCCCCAUGGGCUGGUGCGAGCAGAAUAACCAGACUCUACACCCUCCUAGAAGUUUCACGAGAGGCGAGUUUAGCUGGCACAAGUACCUCAAGAAACAAGGCAGAAAUCCUGCCCCAGCUCAUCUUUUCAGACCAGUCGGCGAGAAAAAGCACAAGUUUGAGAUCGGCAUGAAGCUGGAAGCCAUUGACCGYAAGAAUCCAGACCUUAUAUGUGUUGCCACGGUAACAAAUGUGAUUGGAAACCGUUUCCUGGUUCAUUUUGAUGAAUGGGAUGAUACUUAUGAUUACUGGUGUGAAGAGGAUUGUCCGUAUAUUCACCCCAUUGGAUGGUGCGAA